GGUGCUUCCAAGUUCCAGAUUUGAAGAUCGAAGCCAGUCUUGAGGUGCAGUGGCUGGAGACUUCCUCAGACAAAACAGGUGCGCCUUUAUUCCCUGAUGUGGGAGGAGAAAAGGAAAGUAUCAUUCGUGACAGCUCUCCUUUGCUGAGCUGCCUUGAGCUCUCUUCCACAACUUCAAACCCCCUAUCAGCUGAUAUGGGGAAUGCCAUCAGUGGUGCCAGACUGAUGGCUCAGUCCCACACCCAGAGGAAGCUCGUUCCGACCUUUGUCGUCACCCUUGACGCCCUUGGAACGCUGUACGGCUUUCGACAACCAGUCGCUACUCAGUAUGCUGAGGUGGCUCGUCAGUGUGGUCUGCGUGAUCAAAUUGACCCCAAGUCACUUAACGUCGCCUUCAAAGACGCCUUUAAACGCGCCAACCACACAUAUCCCAACUAUGGCAAAUCUUCUCUGAGCAAUCCAGAGCAGUGGUGGUCUUUGCUCGUCAAUGAUGCCUUUUCUCAAGUCGUCAAGCCUGAUCAUAUCCCGGAAGACCUAGGCCACAGGCUGUAUCAGCACUUCUCUUCCGCUGACGCCUAUGAAUUGUAUCCAGAUGCCCAAGCUUUCCUGGAGAGCAUGAAAUCCCUCAAGGCCCAGUACACUCGACCUGAUGGACCCCUCGUCAUCGUCGGUGUUGUAACGAAUUCGGAUCCCAGAGUGACUCAGGUACUUCAGUCAAUGCAACUGCAGGUUGGUUGGUCAUCGACGCCUCCCUUGGUGUCACCGAUUAGAGACGCUUUGCAAUCCAAAGACGACAAUUUCUUUUUCGACACUCGCAGUCCGCUCUAUGGUGCCUACAACCCAGAUAAUGACGUCGACUUUGUGGCCACCAGCUAUGAAGCUGGCGCCGAGAAGCCUGAUCGCCGCAUCUGGGACUUUGCAAGGGAGCUCUUGGACAUGAUGCCACGUUCACGCGCCGAACAAGCUCUCGAUCGCCACGAGACACAUGUAAGCCCUCGUCAACACUCCACUGGUCAGAUGGCUUUGGCAAUGGCUCAAUCUUUCGCAGCCCUCAUCAGUGUCGAGGUUGGUGAAACCAGGUGGAUCCAUAUCGGCGAUGAUUUUGCCAAAGAUUACAUAGGAGCCGAAUCAGUGGGCCUUGAUGCUCUCUUUGUUGAUCGUCCUGAAAACAAAAGACAAUCACUACGUUCAGACACACAAACGGUGUCUAAUUUGCAAGAAGCAGCCAUGAUUGUGAGCCUGCUGGCCCAGCAGCACAUCAAGGCAAACACUCUAAACGCGUCCACCUCCAGCUCACAGCGAUAA